AUCCCCACUCGAUCGAUCAGCCAAAAGAAGAACAAUGGAAGCGUAAUGGAUUAAUACAUCACCAUAAGCCAUUCUCCCACCAACACAAUCUCCUCAAGAUGUCAACGAGACUCGCUCUGAUAUCAGUGCGUUCUCUCUCAAGGCAGAGCGCCUAUCCAGUCGGCAUUCAUUGUCGUUCAGCAUGGCAGCCUAUACAACAAUCAUCUCAAUCGAUAGCCAACAUACGUUCAUACUCUUCUCGAAGGGAUCCAAAUCAAGCAGAACAAGAAGCAAACACAGUUCGUGAACAAAAAGAAAAUGAACAGCAUGAAGAAUACAAAGAAGGAAGAACAUAUACCGGAAAUACAAUGGCAGAAAGGAUUUCCAAUGCAUGGAAAACAACCCCAAUCAAAUGGUACCCUAUCCCUGCUCUUCUGGGAGCAAUUGUCUUGGUGGGUAUUCAAGCAAGAAGAAAUUACGUUGCCGAUCGUCAAGGAAGAGGGAAAAUAGUUGAUGAAAAUGGCAAAGUUGUAACAAUGUCAGGUCCUUGGACGGUGUAUGUAUUGGGUGCAUUGCCUCUUAAUACAAUCUCAAGAAUAUGGGGAUGGGCAAAUAAUCUCACUCUACCUGUCUGGUUCAGACCUUUUGGUUUCAGAUUAUAUUCCCGCAUCUUUGGCUGUAAUUUGGACGAGAUGAAGGAUGAAGACUUAACGCAUUACAGAAGUUUGGGCGAAUUCUUCUAUCGUGAAUUGAAGGACAAUGCUCGCCCGAUUGCAGAUGCUCCAUUGGUCUCACCGGCAGAUGGUAAAGUUUUACAUUGCGGCUCCAUUCAAGGCAGAAGAGUAGAACAAGUAAAAGGUGUCACAUACUCUUUAGAUGCACUGCUGGGACUCACUUCUGAUCCUCAAGGUAUUGAGACAAGUGCUAAACCUGACAGCGAUUCCGACCAUCAAAUCACAGAUGACAGACAAUUUGCAAAUGUGAACGGAAUCGAAUAUAGUUUAGAACGUUUGAUUGGUGAUGAACGUGCUGGAUCACAAAUACCCCGUGGUUGGACGAAAUUGGUCAGUUACAGAUGGUGGAAGAGCUGGGUACGAUCGGAAAACAAGACGGGAAUACCAGCAGGGGGGAAAGGCAAACACGAUAGCAUAAGAGAUGCACACGAGACGGAUGAUGAAGAUGCUGGUGUACCAACACCAGAUACGCCGGAAAUGAUUGGAAAAUAUGCAAAUGUAGCCUAUGAGAUGGGAUCGGGAGCAUUACCGCCCAUUUUGCAAAGACAUUCGCCUGGUCAUGAAGGUAUUGGAUCGGGGAAUAAGCUCUUCUUCUGUGUCAUCUACCUUGCACCGGGAGAUUAUCAUCGCUUCCACAGUCCAACAAGUUGGGUAGUGGAAAGAAGAAGACAUUUCCGCGGAGAAUUAUACUCUGUUUCGCCAUACGUUGCCAGUCGGUUGCCUAAUCUGUUUGUCUUGAACGAACGUGUUGCUUUGCUUGGAAGAUGGAGACAUGGAUUCUUUUCAAUGAUUCCCGUUGGUGCUACAAAUGUAGGAUCGAUUCGAAUCAAUUUCGAUAAAGCAUUACGAACAAAUGUACGUCAACAAAGACGAUUGGCAGGCACGUACAGUGAAGCAUCUUACAGUUUAGCAUCUAAACUUUUGGGAGGACAACCGCUGCAAUCGGGAGAAGAGAUGGGAGGAUUUUUAUUAGGAAGUACGAUCGUCUUGGUAUUUGAGGCGCCGGAAGAGUUUGACUUUGUUUGUAAGCCAGGUCAAAAAGUACGGGUUGGAGAAACACUCGGAGAUAUCACACCUCAAUAA